AUGGAAAAACACCCCAAACUGUCGAGCCCGCAACGCAAAUCCGUCUCUCAAACCGAUGCCGAGCUCCGCGAACGAUUAGAACAAAUGUCAGGCGAAGGAGGGGCAGCUGGAAUUGAAUACGAAGAUGGCAAACCCAAUGCCAUGAAGCGUGGCGUUCGAAACAACAUGUUCCGCCUGAUAUGA